AUGACUGUUGAGACUAAUGAUGAUAUUGUCUCAGAUGAGGAAUGUUCUCCAGAUAUGGGUCCCCCAACUGAUAAUCCUUCUGAGGAUAUUGUUUACAAUGAGUCGAAAGAGAUGAGUAGUUUUUUACCUGUUGGUGAACAACAGCAACAGGAAAUUGAAGCUGUUAGAAAUAAGCUCUGUGAAAAUGAGCCAAUGUCCUGGCCUACAGUUGAAAAUGAACCAAUAAACGAGUAUCAGGUGUCUCAUUUAGCUACAAUGGCUUUCCCAACAUUAUUUCCCGAUGGAAAAGGUGAUUGUACAAAUCAAGAACUUUUGAGAGAUGUUUCUUUUCAGGAACGAGUAAAGCACCUUCUAAAGUUUGCUGAAAUUAUUGAUGGUAAAUGGGUAUACGGUUUUGCAAACCAUCCCAGAUUUUCAUAUUGGGUUUUCAAUAUGAUUCAAAGAAAACGAAUAUUGCAACAAAGUGGAAUAUUUCUAAAACAAAAUCCAGGUGAAGCACAUCUCACCAUAGACGAACUGCGCGAAAUGGCUGCGAGUAACAGUGCUAAUGUUUUCAUGUCUAAAGUCUCUAGAUAUGUUGGAAAUAUUGUGGGUACAAAUGCUUACUGGAACAAAGUUCGAGAUGAACUUAAAGCCAUAAUUACAAAUGUUGGAGCACCAACAUUAUUUUUUACUUUUUCCUCUGCAGAUAUGCAUUGGCCUGAGUUGCAUGCAUUAUUUAAUGCUAAUGGGGACUGUGAAAAUUCCAAUAUUCCUAGUGAAUUAAGGCGACAAAAUGUCAUUAACAAUCCUCAUCUUGUGGAUUGGUUUUUCACACAGAGAUUAGAAAGCUUUGUUAAACACUGGCUUUAUGAGACACUUGGUGCAAAGUGGCACUGGUUCAGAUACGAGUAUCAAGGUAGAGGUAGUAUUCAUUGUCAUGGUACUGCUAAAUUGAAUAAUGACCCAGGUUUGUGUCAAUUAACGCAGACUGCUUUGAAAGGUUUUUUAGCAGAAAAAUUUACAGAUGAAAAUGAUUGCCUUGACACAACAGAACUAGACCGGGAUAUUGAAGCUGGUCAGAAAGCUGCUGAGACAGUAUGUCAGUAUGUUGAUUGGUUGUUAUCAACUGUUAAUCCAAAUCCACCAGAUGAGCACAUGUGGAUAAGACCUGAGGCUCAUCCAUGUCAACGACCUCAUAAAGACAUCCCUGAACAUGAAAAACAGUCAGAUUAUGUAGAUCUUUUAAACAUGGUUCAAAGACACACUCGUUGUAGUACAAGUUAUUGUCUUAGAAAAAAGUCAAAUGAAACAGAUUUGAAAUGUCGAUUUCAUUUUCCCUAUGAGCAUUGUGCAAGGACAAAGCUAGAAUUUGAAAAAAUUCACACUAAAGAUAAUGAUAAUCAUUAUAGAGUUAAAGUCGUUACUCAACGAAAUGAUGCCAGGUUAAAUAAUCAUCAACAACUUCAACUCCAAGGAUGGAGAGCCAAUUGCGAUAUUCAAGUUGUCAUUGAUCACUAUGCUUGUGUUGAGUAUCUGACAAAAUAUGCUGCGAAGGGUGAACCAAGAUCGCCCUUAUUAAACCAAGCAUUCAAUUCUGUUGUUCAAAAUGUAGAUAUUAAUAGCGAGGCUCGUCGAGCUAUUAAAAAAAUAGUUAUGAAAUCUCUCGGUGAAAUGGAUUAUGCAGCGCAAGAGACAAUGCAUCAUUUAUUGUCAUUAAAACUUCAUAGCUCAUCAUUUAGUGUCAUUCCAAUAAGUUUAAAUGGUUCACGUAAAGUGCGUGAAAAUGUUGAAGAAGGUGAAUCAUGCACUAAUCAUUCACUUCUUGACGUAUAUGCUAAUCGUCAUGAAUAUGAUAGUUCACAAGAUGUAAUGAACAUGAACUUCGUCCAAUUUGCUACGACGUACAAAGUUGUAAACAAUCAACUGGCAAAAUUGCCAGAGAAUGUUAUACCACGAAUAUUUCCUACAUAUUCUCCAAAUCCAAAAGGGCAAAAUUUUGGUCUUUAUUGCAAAUACCAACUUUUGAGGUAUAAACCUUGGAGAAGAUCUCAGAAUAACGCAUGGGGAGAUCAAGAGGACCCUACUGACGACGCUUUUAUCAACGCUUGGCAAGAAUUCUUGCAAACACCAUAUGGACAACACAAUGCCCCUGAUUGGUUUGACAAGUUACAAGCUGUUAUUCAAUGUCAAGAAUCAGAAGCUGAAUCUUUUGAACAACCAGAAACAACUCGAGAGGAGUGGAUGAUCAUAUCGGAUAUUCAUGCACCGUUUGACACAAUGCAGGAAACGCCAGAGUCAGUGUAUGACUGGCACGUUGACAGAGGUAAUUACCCUGAACAAAAAAUCCAUGAAAUGCCUUCAUGGUUAAAAACAAACAAAGAAGAAUUUACUAUGCAUGAGCAAUAUGAUGAUGUUGAUAUUGACACUUUUAGUGAAAUGCAAAAACUUGCUUACAACAUUGUCAAAUCUCAUUUUAAUGAUUCAUCAUCAGAUAAAGAGUCAUUGUGUUUGGUUAUAAAUGGCGUAGCAGGAACAAAUGUUUGGCACAUCAAAUGUUUGACAAAGUUGUUAAACUCACAGUAA